CUAAAGUUGAAAAUCUGAUAACAUGCAUGUUGAAAAGAGGGAUUUGUUUAACUAUCUUUUUCAUAGCUUGGAGGAAGAUAAGUUGUGUAUUGAAGGAAAUAGUUUUGUCAUUCAGCUGAUAUUUUUUAUGUACGAAAGCAUAUUUAUAGAGACGAUUGACUAAGUGAGUUGACGAGAAACAUUUUAAGCAUGCCGGAAGGCAGUGGCGGUAUCGUCAGAGCAGAAUUUCAAGGGGACACUGUCAGUGACUCAAUUGACAGUUCUGAAAGGUGUUGUAUAAUGUUUAGUCGAGUCGAUGUUGCUCGGCAUUGUGACGAUUAUAACUCCAGCGGAGGCAGCGACUCUGAGAAUGACGCUAUGGCCUGGGAUAGAAGUCCAAGAAGUGGACACCCACGUAGGAGGUUCCAUGCGCAUGCUGAUCAACAUGGGAGUCAGAGGGGUCUGCAGUCAGUAAAGAGGAUACAACAAGUUCAACAUGAAUCACAGGUCACUACCAAUGAAGAAAAGAAGAAACAGCAUGCUAGCCUUCCUACAAAAAAUAAACCAAAAAUACAAAGAAACAGGACCAAGUCCUGUAGUAACAAUAAGUCGAAGUCAGACAAACAGAUUGACAGUAAUAAAGAGAACGAGGAAGUAGAAAUGCAACUGGCUAAAAGUGACUUUGGAAAAGAAAAUGGUCUUGAAAAGGUAAAUUUGGUAGAUGAGCCAAAAGGUUUGGAGAGGAAGGACUUCAAGAAUUUACUGGACUUAGAGAUGAGCACAGGCAUUACUCAGAAGGAAGUUGAAUAUGCUGCUGAACCAAGAGAUAUGGUUGAAAUAUUUAAGGAUGGUAAAGAGUAUUAUGAGAAAGAGGUAGAAAUGUUUUAUAAAAUUAAAACAUUAAUUACCGAUGAAGAGAAAGUAACCGAUGAAGAGAAAAAGUUCACAGAAACGGUUAUUGUUGAUGAUUCUAAGAUGGAAAAAGAUAGGAAAGACUCUUUUAAUGUACAGCAGUCUUUGAAGAUGCCUUCAUCCAAGAAUUUCAAAAUAGAAAAGGAUCAGACGGAUAUGUUUGAAAAGCAAAAAAUGAAAAAAGAAGAUGUCCGAACCUUUGAAAAGAGGGACAAAGAGAAAGAAGUUACUGCUGAAGAGAGCUAUAAUGGUUCUACAUUAAAUAUGAAAACCAAAGGUCAAAAAGGAGAGCAGAGUGAAAGAGCAAAAGAGAAACACAAGGGAAAGAGCAUCAAAAUCGAUGAAAUAUUUGAUGCAGGUAGACACGGUCAGAAAGAAAAAUUGGUUGUUAAUAUGGAACAGGGAAAGUUGGGACAGAGGAACAGCAGUACAUGGUAUCAGGAGGUGGAUAACAAAGUUUUAGAUGCAAUGGAGAGAAAAGACAAAGAAGAAAAGGAGCAAACUGUUCUGAAAGAAGUCCGUGAUCCACAAGUUGGAAAUGAGACGGAAAAACAAGACAUAAGUAAAGAGGCAUCCUUGGGUUUUGAAGUUGAUGGAAAUUGUGCAGAGUUUGAGGAACCUGAAAGUAAUUCAAACUUACAGAAUGCUGACAAGAUAUGGCAGAAAAGGCAGAGAGAAUUGGAAAGGUGUACAAGUGUGGAUGAAAGUAGCUUCAGUUUUUCAGUGGAGUAUCAUUCCACAGAACUUCAAAGUUCCUUGUUGAGUUCUUCAUACAGUCGCUCAUUGGAGUCAAAGGAUCUGUCAGAUAUCAACCAUAGCUGCCCCGACCUUUACAGAAUAGCAGUUGUUCAAGAUUCCAACCAGAUUAGGGACCAUUUGGAUAACAUUUUCUGGGAUCCAGAGGCUUUGUGCGAGCAUAACAAGAACAGAAUUAUUGAAACAAUUAAUACAAAAUCAGGAAAAGAGGAGUAUUUUGAAGGCAAUGAAGAAAAGUUUAGAAAAGAAAUCAUAGACAAGACUGAGAGAACAGAAGACAAAAAUGAUAUCGAUAAUGGUGAAAGUGAAGAAGAUGAAGCAGACAUAAGUCUUGUGAACACAGCUGAUGAUGAUGCUGAUGACAAUGACAAUGAUGAUGAUGAUGAUAGCAAUAUAGAAAGUGAGGCUGUUGAUACUGCUAAAGUCUGUAUUACUAAAGAGGACUCUGACUUUGUGGAUUGUGUACAAACAGCUGAUGAAAAAAGACUUGCUGAUGACAUUAAUCAAAAUGGAAAUGAUGACGAACCACUGGAGAUCAUUGAUGCAGAUGAAAAAGAUGAAGUUGAAAAAGAGAAGGUUGAGGUAUUUGAAGUUAAGACAGUUGAUGUUGAGGAGAAAGGAAGAAGAGCAGAGAGACCAGACACUUCAGUUAUGGAAAAAAUUCUAGAUAUGCAAGGAACUAAAGAUACGCCUAGCAUUCCACUGAUGAAAACAGGAUAUAGUGUAAGUGACUAUACUGACAAUGAAACCAUAAAAACAAGGCACCUGAGAAUGUGUCCGUAUACCAGAAAAUAUAAGAAAGAAAACAAGACAGAUAAAAAACAUGAGAGAAAAAAGUUACCUAAUAAAAAGCUGGACAUUUGGAUGAAAAUGAAGAAGAAUCCUGUAGUAAAACUUCCAGAACAGAAAGAAACCGACAGAUUGGCACCAAAGAGGAACUGGGAUGGAAGGAGAUACAGUAUGUUUGGUUGUGGAGAGUUUGGUCGAAAAUGUUCUGCAAAUGGUGGAAGAGGUGGAAGCUUUGAGGGAGACCCAAGUUCAAGUCGAAAUCAAAGGAAUAAUGAAGACAAGAACAGUAAGAAUCGCAGAAACCAAAACAACAAGGACAGAGACAGUGAGGAUAAAAACAACAACAACCCGGGACAGAAUAAUCCAAGUGUUAGUACAGAUACUGAAACAGAAAACGCUGUUCGUGCAGAGCCGACCAGAGGAAUUGUGGAUGUCAGCACACCAGAUGAUGAUUUUAAAAGAUAUAAGAAGAAAGAUACUGAUACAGAUGGUAAAAAGCAUACCAAUUUAGAAAACUUCGACUGGCUGGACAGAACUACAGCAGAAAUAGAGGAGAACAAAGGCCCCACAGUAAAUUUGUUUGACAGACUCAGCAGAGGUGAAUGUCAGUGUGUGGAGGAACGGUUAGAUAACCCACAGGAGCUGUCCGAGGAUGCUCUUCAGUGUAGUAUCUGCAUUACCGUCGACUCACUGCUCAAACACUAUGCUCACUGUACGUCUGUAUUCAACAGUUGUGACAUGUGUGUGAAGAUCUUCUCCCUCCUUUGUUCACAUGUGGCUGCCUGCAUCAAAGAUAAUUCUGUAGCUUUGUGCGAAAUCAGAAUUUGUAAAACCAUGAAAAUUGCGGCAGAAAAUAACAUUGGCAUGCAUAUGAAGACAUUGUGGUUUCAAGUCCGAAAGAAGCUCGCUAGAAUCCUUGAUGACGGAGAAGAAGAUAUUGUCCAGCAACAAACUCCGGUAGACGAGCCCAAACCACGUCGUCCGUCAAAGGGCUUGUCAUCGUUUUCUGGACCACUUCCAAGCAUCCCAGAGGGCACACAGCUGUCAUUAACUAGCUCAUCGAGAAGCAGUUCAAGAGUCCUUCAUCGAAAGAAAUCAAAUCUAGCAAAUGUCGAGGAACAGGAAAAGAGUGUAUCUUCAGAGGAGGGUUCGUCAUGGGGUGCAGCUGUUGUUGAGGCUGCUGGGGCCCAGGGGGUAGAGGAGAUUGAUGAUGAAAGCUCUGAGGCAGUAGACUCUAAACAUGGUCUUGAAAAUGCUUCGACUAAAAUAUCAUAUUCAAGGCCAGAAAUACCUGAUGAAGCUGAUGCUAUUCCUACAUCAUCCGAAGAAGGAAGUGAAGAGUCAACAGGGUCUGUGAGCACUGAGGGGUCUGGGCAGUUUGGGAUUAUAACAGGAGCUGGAAGAUACAGGAGUCUUCCUAUGGGACCACCGGGCCAAGGUGAACCAUAUUUUCCAAGCUUCAAAGACCGACCCACAGGAAAGAAAGGCAUAGGAGAAGUUGUUUAUGCCAACAAACAUCAGCUUGUUGUUGUGGUAACAAUAUGGGAGAAAUUCAAAAUACAAUACCUGAUUGAGGCAAAAUUAGCAAAGCAUUAUACAGAAGAAGGUGUCAUCUUGCCGGAAUUCAAGAGUAAAUUACGCAUCAAAGGCCUCCGCUACCAGAAUGAGUUUCAGUGGGUCAAGGUUGCUCACCUUGGCAAUGGAAUGACUGGAAAGUGUCAUCUUGCAACAGAUUUUGAAACAGAUUUCAAGUUCUGUGUAAAAGAGAUCCAUAUAUCUAACUAUGAGAAAGAGGAAAUUGAGCUCUGGAGUGAAUUAGAACAUCCUUACGUCGUGCAGGUAUAUGGUGCCAUAAGACACGGAGAGAAAAUCUAUAUACUUCAGGAGUUUAUUGAAGGUGGGUGUCUGACAGAGGCUAUCAACGUUCAGCGGAAGUUAUCACGCCGUCUGAGUCAGCUUACAGCCCUGCGCUAUUUCCAGCAGUUGCUAGAGGUGUUGAAGUAUUUAAAGUCUAGAAAUAUUCUGCAUGAGGACCUGAAAGCGGACAACAUAUUACUGAAUAAGAAUAGUGACCCAGUAACAAUAAAAGUUGCUGAUUUUGGACUUGCACGUAGAUGUCAAGGUUCUGUUAGAAGUGGGACUAAGCCGGUUGGUACACAGACACAAUGGAGUCCGGAGAAAGCGGAGGCUCGUGUUGGCUAUGGUUUUGCAGCAGAGGUUUGGGCCAGUAUUUGCGUUCUGGUACAUAUGUUGAGUGGCCAGCCACCGUGGGUCAGGAGAUACGAGAGCUUUAAGGCUUUGAUAGUAGUGAUAGUGGAAAAGUCCCCACCUAUGGAAGACAUUCCUCGUAACAUCCAUGAAUCUAUUAAAGACCUGAUCAAGCGCGGGUUCACCGUCUGUCAGGGUCAGAGGCCAACUGCAGAACAACUUCUUGAACAUGGUGCUUUCAGAUUGCUGGAUGAGGCCGCAGCCUUGCAGUCUAUGAAUGGAACAUAUUCCAUACUGGAAUCCCUACACUUUGAGUCCCAAACCAAUCAGAUCGACUAUGACCCUAAUGCUGACCUCAGAGAAAUAUUUCGAAAUUUAGAACGGGAUAGGGCCCAAGGUGCUGCAGCAAAUAAUGGUACGAGGAGGAAAGAUAAGAAAGGAAGCGUUGUCAGUGUUUACAAUGAAGAAGUGCCAUACUACAGUAAUGAGUAUCGUGUUUAUACCAGUGGACUUGGAGAGGGAGAUGGUAAGAAAAAUGUAAAUUCACAGCUUUCACUGAGGCAAGCAACAGAGUAUAGUAAUAAAGCCUUACAAGGUACAGAGCAUCAGAAGAAUGGGGCUGGAAGCUCAGAUUCAGUCGAUAUUUAUGCACGUAGUAGAUUACCGUCACAUCCUGAUAAUAACAUUGAUCCAACCACGCAUAUAAAUAAGUUUUUUAACGACAUUGGACCAGCUAUUCCUGCAAAUGUUCAGCCAAACUUGGUUAUCUAUCAUCCAAGCCUUGAGAGCAUUGGAAGUCAGAAAGGUAAUAGUGGUUCACAGCAUUCCAGUCUCGAAAAUUUGUCCAGUGGAACUGUAACCAACAAACUGAUUCCAGACUUUGGGAAAAUUGGCAUGCUGCCGGAUCCCGGAGAGGGUUUUGACUCGGGAAGCAGUGAAGAAGAGAAUGAAGAUGAUGUACUUAAAAAUUUUGAUUUUAAAAAGGCUGUAGAGCACGUCGGAGAGCAGUACACUUUACCAACAGUUCUUAAUUCAAGUGUUGACAUGAGUCCAGGUUCACAGUUCACAUCUGCUCACAGUAGUUCGCUCCCUACAGAAAAAGAUAAUGAUGUGCCAAAAGUUGAUAAUCAAGAGAGAAAUACUGUACAGACAAAACCAGAAACAACAGUACCAGCAUAUUCGGAGAUGAUCAUAUACAAAGUUUUAAUGAAGAUGAUUUGUUCAAAUCCGGAUCUCCUCCUGGAUUGGUUGGUAUAG